UGAUUGCCAAUCAAGAGGGUUCUGCAGCCCAGAAUGGCUUCUUGGAUGUUGCUGCUUCAUUGUGUGUUUGUUAUUUUCUAAUUUUUUCCGGCAAGUUUCUGCAUCUUGUUGCAUUUCUUAGCGAGGAUGUGUGCACCUCGCAGACAGAGGGAGAAGGACCAAGAAGAGAAGGCGGAGUCAGCCUCAUCCUCCCCUGUGGUAGAGCAGAGAGAGAGAGAGAGAGAGCAUGAUGGAGAGAGACGGGGGUGCGUGAGAGCUGAUGAGCUGGAGAAUGGACGGCCAGCGAGACUGUGUGCGAGCCAGCGAGAGAAGACGCUGAAAGUACCAGAAGCUCCCAUCAGCAGCAGGAGGAGGACAGGCUGAGCUCACCAGCGACAACUCCGAAGACUGACAGAGGGCAAGGGGGAAAAAAAAGAGAGGAGGAGGACUGAAGAGCGGCUUUCUUCUGGUUUUUGCCCUCUCGCACACUCCUCACCACCACAAUGAUCCCCCGGGUUCUACUCGUCCUGUGGAUCUUCGCCCAAGGUGCACACUCCAUGUUCUCCCAGCAGCCCCAGGACUUGGUGGUCGUGGCCGGUCAACCUGUGACCUUACCGUGCUCCAUCACUAAUUAUCAUGGCGUUGUACUGUGGAUCAAAGACGGCUUGGCCCUUGGGGUUGGCAGGGACCUGUCAGGUUAUCCCCGUUACACAGUGAUUGGCGACCACGGCUCAGGAGAGCAUCAUCUGCGAAUCCAGCGUGUGGAGCUGAUGGACGACGCUGUGUUCGAGUGCCAGGCCGUCCAGGCUGCCAUGAGAUCCAGGCCUGCCCGCCUCACUGUGCUCGUUCCACCCGAGGAUCCCAUCAUCAGCGGCGGGCCCGUGGUGAGCCUGAGGGCGGGCGACCCACUCAAUCUGACCUGCCACGCGGACAACGCCAAGCCGGCCGCCUCAAUCAUCUGGAUCCGCAACGGGGAGGUCCUCAACGGGGCCAUGUACUCCAAGACUUUGCUCCGGGACGGGAGGAGAGAAACCACCGUGAGCACUCUCUACCUGUCUCCGUCAAACAUCGAGACGGGCCAACAGAUCAUCUGUAAGGCCUCAAACAAGGCUGUCCCCAACGGCAAGGAGAGCAGUGUCACCAUCGACAUCCAGCAUCUCCCUCUUGUCAAUCUCUCAGUGGAUCCUCAGCCUGUUCUCGAGGGCAACCUGGUGAGAUUCCACUGCUCCGCAAAGGCUAAUCCCCCUGUCACGCAGUACAGGUGGGCCAAAGGGGGAAGCAUCAUAAAGGAGGUCUCUGGAGACACGUACGAGGUGAUUGUGGACCACUCCUUCUUUACGGAGCCUGUUUCCUGUGAGGUGACCAAUCAACUGGGCAGGACUAACGUCAGCCGCAAUGUUGAUGUCUACUUCGGGCCUCGCAUGGCUGCAGAGCCGCAGUCGCUGCAGGUGGACCUGGGAUCUGAUGCCGUGUUCAACUGUGCUUGGACUGGAAAUCCCUCUCUUACCAUAGUGUGGAUGAAGAGGGGCUCUGGAGUGGUUCUCAGCAACGAGAACCUCUUGACGCUGAAAUCCGUGCGGCAGGAGGAUGCUGGGAAAUAUGUUUGCCGGGCCGUGGUCCCGAGAGUCGGCGCCGGAGAGAAAGAAGUUUCUCUCACUGUCAACGGGCCGCCCACCAUCUCCAGCACUCAGACACAACAAGCCUUGCACGGCGAGAAAGGACAGAUCAAAUGUUUCAUCCGAAGCACCCCUCCACCGGAUCGCAUCGCCUGGUCCUGGAAGGAGACCGUGUUAGAGUCCGGGACGUCCGGCCGCUACACGGUUGAGACGGUGACCACGGAGGAAGGCGUCAUCUCCACGCUGACCAUGAGUAACAUCGUGCCAGCUGACUUCCAGACCAUCUACAACUGCACGGCGUGGAACAGUUUCGGCUCCGACACCGAGAUCAUACGCCUUAAGGAACAAGGUGGGAGCCAAGAAUCCCUCCCUGUGGCGGUGAUCAUCGGCAUUGCCGUGGGAGCUUUGGUGGCCUUCAUCGUCCUCAUGGGCACCAUUGGAGCGUUCUGUUGCACCCGCUCCCAGAGAAAGGAAGCGCACCUGGUCAUGCCCUCACUGCCCGUCUCCAUCUGUGCUCACCAGAGAGAACUUGCAAGCAAAAUUAAAACUGAAAAUCUGAAAGGAGUGGUGUCUGUGAAAAACGACAUCCGGGUGGAGAUUGUGCACAAAGACCACAACGCCGCCAGGGAAAACGAGGAGCACGCCUCUAUGAAACAACUGAUGGUGAGUGUGGAUCGCGGGGAGUUCCAGCAGGAAUCCGCUCUGAAGCAGUUGGAGGUUUUGCAAGAGGAGGAGAAGGAGUACCAGCACAUUAAGGACCCCACAAAUGGCUACUACAGCGUCAACACCUUCAACGAGCACCCGACACCAACUAUGGCCGGAACCCAGUCCACCGACGGGCGGAACCCGACCAAUACGAGCACCCUGGGCAAGCAGCGGGUACCGACAGGCAUGUCCUUCACCAACAUCUACUCCACCCUGGGAGCGGGUCCCAAUCGCCUGUACGACUACAGCCAGCGCUUCGUGCUGGGCAUGGGCAGCAGCUCCAUCGAGCUGUGCGAGCGGGAGUUCCAGCGCGGCUCAAUAAGCGACUCCAGCUCCUUUAUCGACACGCAGUGCGACAGCAGCGUCAGCAGCUACAGCAAGCCGGACGGCUACGUGCAGUUCGACAAGGACAGCAAGGCGUCGGCCUCCUCGUCCUCCCACUACUCGCAGUCGUCGUCGCAGAACUCAGACCUAACCCGGCCUCUCCAGAAGCGCAUGCAGACCCACGUCUGACAGCCAGGACGGGAGGGAUGGUCUGAACCAGCCUUGGGUGUGAACUCCGACAUGGUUUCAUCACACUGAACCGCUUUGUCAGACAUGUGGAUCGAGAAGCCUUAUAUUUCCCUUUCGCUUAAUCCAUUGCCCACAUCCUGGUUUUCACAGACGUUCUUGAGUAGUGCCACGAUACUCGCCAAUGAAGACACCUGGGAGUAUUCUGCUUCUAAGGACAGCAACAAAGCUGCAGGAUUCUUUUUUUUUUUCUGAAUGGAGUACAACCGCACAACAAUUCCUUUCUGCUCUUUCGUGUCUCGUCAAGCACAAAGACUGAACGUCCACAAGGUUUUUAGGUAGUCAACAACCUCACAACCGCCACGGUUUCCCCUCCUUUCUUUCACAAUCUUCUCACACUCCAGCUCGGCUCCUUGCAAUGUCUCAUUGCGUAGGCGGAGUACAACUGGCCUCCUUCCACAUGCCCACGGACAUGGUUGGGAGGAACAGCUGCAUGUGGGACCAGACAAGAUAAAGAAGGGCUGAGACCACGUUUUCAAUCCCAACGUUCGCGUUCUGAUAAAACAUCAGUGUACAUAUUGUAUAAGGCUGUAAAUUAUUUUCCGACUAAUCGCCGAGGAGUUCUUAAAUGAAACAAGAGCGGUUUGUAUCCCGCUCUAGCCCCUCAAAAAAAGUUUGCCUUGAGGAACUGUUUGGUUAACUAGUCAGGCAUACUGCAUAAAGCCUGCAGCCGGUGAACUAACACUGCUAAAGGUACAAGUAUAUCUAAACAUACUCAUGUCUUAUUUUGUGGUUAUUGCAGUGUGUAGUUACUGAUAAAACUGGAGCAUAGUGCACACUUAUAAUUUGUUUUGAAUAUAGCUUUUGGAUUUUUGGUUAAAUUUUUACAGAAAUUACUUUUUUUAUUGGCACAAUCGAAAUGAUGCUUAAAUAAUUGUCGUCCACCCCGGCCUUUUUAUUAGUGAAGUGAAGUAUAUUUAUAUAGCGCUUUUCUCUAGUGACUCAAAGCGCUUUUACAUAGUGAAACCCAAUAUCUAAGUUACAUUUAAACCAGUGUGGGUGGAAUUGGGAGCAGGUGGGUAAAGUGUCUCGCCUAAGGACACAACGGCAGUGACUCGGAUGGCGGAAGCCGGGAUCGAACCUGGAACCCUCAAGUUGCUGGCAUGGCCACUCUACCAACCGAGCUAUUGAUAUAGAUUGUUUUUUAAAACAAUAAAAAUACAACUAUAUAUAUUACCAUGUUUUACCAAUAAAACAUUAGUAUACAAUACAAAAAAAAUGAAAAAUUAAAUAUUUAACAUACAAAAAUAAGUUAAUAAGGAAAAAAAUAUCUUUUUUUUUAAGAAAGCAGGCAGUUGUUUUUUUUUUUUUUUUUAAAUAUAAUAAAUAUGUUUCGGUAAUGACAAUUCAAAAUUUGUUUCACAAGAACAAAAUUGCAAUUCCUUUUAACGUAUUUUUAUAGAUAGGUUGGAAUUACCAAGUAAAAUAAAAUUAGUAUCUUUCACUACAAACAAACUAAGCCUGAGAAACGUCAAACUACAGAACAAAAAUAUGGUACAUAGGUUACAAAAUUCAAUUAAAAUGUAAAAUUUUUUAUUUUAAUGGAUCAAAAUGUAUUUUUUAUGUAUAUAUGAAUUGGUAAAAAAAUAUGUUGUAUUGAUUUACUUUUAAAAAAAUGUGUAAUUUACUAAAUACAUUAAAAAAAACUAUUUAUAUAUACAAAAAAUGUAUCUUUCAUUUAAAAAAAAAAAAAUGGGAGAAACAUGCACACUAUUAAACAAGUAAAUUGCAAUACAUUUUCCCGGAAAAGUUUAAUUUUAAUGUCAAACAAUGUAAUUCAAUGCGUUGAAAUGUUAGUAUCUCUGCCAAAUAUCAUCAAAUCAACGUGUAAAUUGGUGUACUUAUGCAGGAUCUUGUGGGCUAAAAGGAGGCACAAUUCAUAACGCUGGAAUUCUCUCCAGGUGAGAACCAACGUCCGAUGCUACAUUUAAGGCUGAUAAGUACAUUGAUUUGACAUGUUUGUGAGUUUACAUUUUGUUCACUGAGUUGAGAGGAUAGACAAAUAGACACACAAACACACAUCACCCACAUUUUAUAAGUAAAGUAUUAUUAUGAUCCGGGACUCUUGGGGAUUGCUGGGGAAAUUCGCAGAUAAAAAAGCUACAUGAAAUUUGGACACGAGGUCAUGAUUUUGUCUGUAGUUGCUGCAGUCAAGGAUAGGUUUAUUCCGAUUCAUAUCACAAGUGCUGACCGCGUUGCUUGCAAGUUAUUCCCGUUAGUCGCAUAAAUCAAUGAUGAUCUUUGUUUUAAAAACGGUCAUUCUCGGCCUUUUAAAGCAAAGCUGUCAUUAAAAGCACUUUAAAAAGGAUUAUGUCACUCAAGAUACGCUCCAAUGGCUGUUGGGACUCUUAUUUUUUACAAAUGUACAGUUUAAGGCAACACGGAUAAUCCAGCAGACUGUACAUAAAUCAAUGUACAGUCUGUCUCUGUAUAUAGUUUUUUUUUUUUUAUUUCACUCCUGUGUUUUUCUUUCAUUCUCGGUCGUCAUGAUUGACAUUUAAAGCUCCAAACUGUACAGACAAUCAUUAUCCCCUCACAUUAAACCCAUCAAAACUGCUUGUUUCUCUCACAUUUGCGUUUCAAGACUGAGCAGUUUCUGUAAAAACACACAGGCGGCUUUUAGAAAUGAGAAGCAGUGUUGAGCUGGGACAGCUUUGAAGUGAGAUGAAUUGUUAUUUUAACUUCAGCCCCUCAGAGACGCCUGAAGCUCUUUUAUUCGACACUAAAACGACUUUGCAGAGCAGUCACUGUGUAGAAUCUAUACCUUGUAUCAGUAAAUAUAUUGACUGCAUAUCUUUCCACUUCAAACAUCCCAUUAGUUAGACGGAAUAAAUCAUCGAUGCUCCACUUGGCCAUUUUAUAGUAUUAUUAUAUUUCAUAGUGAUAUAUAUUUUAACCAACCCUACAAAUACAAAGGGAUUAUUGUCCCCCCAAACCAGUGAUAUUCGGCUAUGAAACGAGUAUUAAAGCCACAGUCAAAAUACAGAUAACGUAAUAAUUCAAAAAGUAAAACUUUUAGGAAUAUUACAGGGAACAUUUUUUUAAUGAAUAUUUGUUAGAUUUAUUGAUACAGUGCAACUACUGUGCUGUACGUUUAUUUAUUGAUACACAUUCUCGAUAUUCUUCAUACAUCAUAUAAACAAAUGUAUUUGUUCCCAGCUUGGGGUCAAAUACAACGACAAAGUAUGGACGUUACAAACAAGAUAAGAUUUUUAAGUUUAAAUAUUGGCUUGAAAAUAUAUAUAAUACUCAAAUGUAUUUUUUAUUCUACAAGAAUAAAGUUAUUACAGUACAAGAUUUAUUACAAUAAUCACAUUGGUUAACCAAUUACAAAUUUACACAAUUCAACAUAUCUGACACAUAUUUACUAUUAGGACUAUGACUAAUAUGUUUGUUUAAAUAUUAUUGUAUUCAAAUUUGUUCAGAACGAAACUGUAAUACAGUGCAAGUACAAUAUAUUGUAUCAUCAAUUUUUAUUCCUCUGUUCUUAUUACAGGAUGACCUUAUGAAUAAAACAUAUUAUAAUGAAGGUAUAACAAAAGUACAAAAAAAAAGUUUAACACCUCAGCUGUUUUUUAGUUUUAUUAUAAUAGUUAUCAUUUUUAAAGUGGCUUAAAUACUCCUUUACAAAACAUAUACGGUCGUCCCUCGCCACAACGGCUUCAAAUAUUGUGACUUUACCAUAUUGCAGAUUUUUUUUUUUUAAAGAAUAUUCUACAACAUUUUUUGCAGAAAUUAAGCAUUUUCAAGCAUAAAAAAGCUAAAUGAAAAAAAUAUGAUGGAGAUCAAACCAAGUAUAAUUAUACUUUUUUGGAUUAAAUGAGUGUAAAAGGUGUUAUUUCAUGUCAUAGUUUGUUAUGCCAAUAUUGAAUUUAUAUUUAGUUAUUUGUACUUUGCAAAAAUGUGUUUAUUCCGGCAAUUUCCUUAAUAUAUAUUUAAUACAAAAUACAAUGAUUUGCGCACAUAUUUUCAACCUACAUUCAAAUGAAUAGACUGCAAAGACAUUAUACUUAACUUUCAAAAGGAUAAACGUUAUUUUUUGCAAAUAUUAGCUCAUUUAGAAUUUGAUGCCUGCAACAUGUUUCAAAAAAGCUGGCAAAAGUGGGGAAAAAAAGACUGAGAAAGGUGAGGAUUGCUCAUCAAACACUUACUUGGAGCAUCCCACAGGUGAAAAGGCUAAUUGGGAACAGAUGGGUGCCAUGAUUGGGUAUAAAAACAACUUAAAUAAAAUGCUCAGUCAUUUACAAACAAGGAUGGGGCGAGGGUCACCACUUUGUGAACUAAUGCAUCAGCGAAUUGUCCAACAGUUUAGGAACAACAUUUCUCAACGAGCUAUUGCAAGGAAUUUCGGGAUUUCACCAUCUACGGUUCAUAAUAACAUCAAAAGAUUCAGAGAAUCUAGAGCAAUCACUUGACGUAAGCGGCAAUGCCCGUGACCUUCGAUCCCUCAGGCGGUACUGCAUCAAAAAGCGACAUUAGUGUGUAAAGGACAUAACUACAUUAGCUUAGAAACACUUCAGAAAACCACUCUCAGUAAUUAGUUUGUUCCUACAUCUUUAAGUGCAAGUUUAAACUCUACUAUACAAAGCAAAAGCCAUUUAUCAACAACACCCAGAAACGCCGCCAACUUUGCUGGGCCCACGCUCAUAUAAGAUGUACUGAUGCAAAGUGGAAAAGUGUUCUUUGGUCUGAAAAAUCCACGAUUGAAAUUGUUUUUGGAAACUAUGGACGUGGUGUCCCCUGGACCAAAGAGGAAAAGAACCAUCCGGAUAGUUAUAGGUGCAAAGUUGAAAAGCCAGCAUCUGUGAUUAUAUGGGAGUGUAUUAGUGCCCAUGGCAUGGGUAACUUACACAUCUGUGAAGGCACCAUUAAUGCUGAAAGGUACACACAAGUUUUGGAGCAACAUAUGUUGCCAUCCAAACAGCAUCUUUUUCAUGGACGCCCCUGCUUAUUUCAGCAAGACAAUUCCAGGCCACAUGCUGCACGUGUUACAACAGCGUGGCUUCAUAGUAAAAAAAUGUGGGUGCUAGUCCGGCCUGCCUGUCGUCCAGACCUGUCUCCCAUCAAAAAUGUGUGUCGCAUAAUGAAGCGUAAAAUACAACGGAGACUGUUGAACGACGUAAGCUUUACAUCAAGCAAGAAUGGGAAAUAAUUCCACCUGAAAAGUUUUCAAAAAUUGGUCUCCUCAGUUCCUAAAUGUUAACUGAGUGUUUUUUAAAAGGAAAGGCCAUGUAACACAGUGGUAAAUAUGCCCCUGUGGCCAACUUUUUUGCAAUGUAUUGCUGCCAUUAAUUCGAAGUCAAUGAUUAUUUGCAAAAAAAAUAUGUUUCUCAGUUACAACAUUAAAUAUCUUGUCUUUGCAGUCUAUUCAAUUUAAUUUAAGUUAAAAAAAAAAGGAUUUGCAAAUAAUUGUAUUCUGUGCUCAUUUACGAUUUACACAACGUGCCAACUUCACUGGUUUUGGGUUUUGUACACAAACAUACAUACAU